UGUGCCCCAGUGGCCUAAUGGAUAAGGCACUGGCCUCCUAAGCCAGGGAUUGUGGGUUCGAGUCCCAUCUGGGGUGAAGAUUAUUUUCCUUUUUUUUCGGCGUCUGUCAGCGUUCAGUGUGUGUGUCUUAUAAACGCACUUUCGGUUUGAGGAUCGCGUUCAGAUUUAUCCAUGUUGUUUUGUCAUAAGGAGUCUUUGCACUGACGGAUUUUCCCACCAUAUUUUCAGUUUCUGUGCUUCGACUGACUGAACAUCGACACAAACAUGACAAACAGCAUUUGUGUUUUAAUCCUCGCUUGUUUUGCAGCAACAGCCAGAAGCGACAAGCUGCUGAAGGCCACGGCGUACUGGGAUUCGACCCAUAAGACCGUUGUGCUGAAGCAAGGCGUUCUGGACCCGCAGGGCGACGCUUAUGGCUACUAUAACGACACGCUGUCGUCCACGGGAUGGGGUGUGCUGGAGAUCCGCGCCGGAUACGGACAGACGGCAGAGACGGACGACGUCACCAUGUUCAUUGCUGGAUAUAUGGAGGGUUUCCUCACCGCACCGCAGAUUUUCGAUCAUUACACCAACAUGUACCCACAGCUGAUCCAGAAUCCCAAAACACUGGUGGCUGUGAAGCGCUUCAUGGCUAAGCAGGACGAGUGGUCUCGGGGUCAGGUGAAGCGUAACACCACUGACCCUCUGUGGAUUCACACCGGUCUGAUUCUGGCGCAGCUGGACGGGCUGCAGGCCGGAGUGACCGACUGGGCCAAACAACAGGGGAGGAAGCCUCUGUCCCAGUUUUCCAUUCAGUUCCUGAAUGCGGUCGGCGAUCUGCUGGAUCUGAUCCCGGCGCUGGUGCCCGGCGAGACGUCCCUCAUGAGUCUGUAUAAAGCUCCUCCCAUGGGCCACUGCUCUGCACUCAUAAAGAUGUUGCCGGGUUAUGAGAACCUGUUGUUCGCUCACUCCAGCUGGUACACGUACGCCGCCACCAUGCGCAUCUACAAACACUGGGACUUCAAACUGAACGAACCGCACACGGCCACCGGAAAACUGUCCUUCAGCAGCUACCCUGGGUUCCUGGUGUCUCUUGAUGAUUUCUAUCUGCUGGGCAGCGGUUUGAUGAUGACACAGACCACUAAUAACGUCUUCAACACCUCGCUGUACUCCUACAUCACUCCUGCCAGUCUCUUCUCCUGGCAGAGGGUUCGACUGGCACACGUGCUGGCACAGACCGGAGAGCAGUGGGCACAAACCUUCUCUAGAUACAACUCUGGGACGUAUAAUAAUCAGUACAUGGUUGUGGACGCGAGUAAAGUGCAUCUGGGCAGCAGUCUGGAUGACGGGGCGCUGACUGUGGUCGAGCAGAUCCCGGGACUGGUGGAGUAUUCGGACCAGACGCAGACACUGCGCAGAGGUUACUGGCCGUCCUACAACGUGCCGUUCCACCGUAAGAUCUACGACCUGAGCGGAUACGAGCAGAUGUGGAAGGAGUACGGCGAGGACUUUUCCUAUGACCUUUGCCCUCGUGCCAAGAUCUUCCGCCGCGAUCAGUCUUCAGUGAACGACUUGGCGACCCUCAAACACAUCAUGAGAUACAACGAUUAUAAGAGCGACCCGUACUCGCAGGGCAACCCGUGUAAUUCCAUCUGCUGUCGUAACGACCUGCAGGAGCGUCACGCCAGUCCUGGAGGAUGCUACGACACUAAGGUGACGGAUCUCCACAUGGCUCAGGGGUUCGUGGCGGAGGCGGUGAACGGCCCGACCACAGAAGGAGGGCUCCCCGUCUUCUCCUGGGAGGCGUUCAACAGCACGGCACAUCAGGGUCUUCCUCUCAGCUACAACUUCAGCUUCGUCAGCAUGCAGCCGCAGCUCUUCCAGCCCUGAGGAUCGUGGGAUUUCACAUCUGGCCUGCUUUUGAACCGAUUCUCUAUCCGAUGCCUGUCGCUAACACGAAUCUGAGCUCUUCAAUCUGUCGAAUCAGCAUUUAUUUUGAACGCUAAACUCUACAGCUGCCAUUUGACCAUCAGUCCAGGACUGUGUCCGUCUCAUUUGAUUGAUGGAUUGAGGAAGGUUAAUCGUAAUGCUUUACUGCACACUGUGUGUUUAUCACUGUGGAUGCCCGUUUCGUGCUUUGGUAAAUCACAGUUAUCUCAAAAAAGGCAUAUUUAUGAGAUGAAAAGUUGACAUUAUGACAAAAAGUCAUCAUUAUGAGAUAAAAAAAAAAAGUCAUAUUUAUGCCUCAUUUAUGAAAUGAAAAAUAGAAAUUAGAAAGAUUAUGAAUUGCCAGUCAUGACUGUCAUAAUUUUGAUUUAAGUCCAAAUUUUGUCAUACUCUUAUGACAUUAAACAUCUAAAUUAUGACAAACUAAGUCAUAAUUAAGACAGAUUAAUGAGCUUGUAAGUCAGUGAUGACUUAGUAUGUCAUAAUUUUGAUUUAUGUAAUAAAUGUGACUUUGUUUUUUGUCAUAAAUGAUAUGUGAAUUUAAACUUUUUGUCAUAAAUAUGACUUGGUAAUUUUUCACUUUCCAUCUUAUAAAUGACAUAAUUUUGACAUUUUUGUCAAUUUUGACAUCUGUCAUAAAAUGUUAAAAUUAUGUCAUAAAUUUGUGAAUUUCAACUUUUUGACAUUUUAUUUCAUAAUUUUGACUUUUCACUAAUAUGACUUUUGAUAAUUUUCACUUUUUUGUCAAUUUUGACAUGUCUGUCAUAACAUUUAUGACAUAAAAUGUCAAAAUUAUAUGAAUUUCAACUUUUCUUCUUAUAAAUUACAUCAUAAUUUUGACUUUUUGUAAAUUUUGACAUGUCUCAUACUUUUUGACAUUUUGUCAUAAAAUGUACUAAUAUACUUUUUGUCAUAAAUAUGUCAUAAUUUUGACUUCUCAUCUUAUAAAUAUGACAUGAGACACAAGUCAUAUUUAUAAGAUGAAAAGUCGAAAUUCUGACAUAAAAAAUCAAAAUUAUGACAAAAGUCAUAUUUAAAAGUUGAAUGUCAUAAUUUUGACUUUGUCAUAAAUAUAAUUUAGUAUGUCAGAUUUUGUAAUAAAUGACUUAGUAUGUCAGUUUCAACUUUUUGUCAUAAAUAUGAUUUAGUAUGUCAUAAUUUUGACAUUUUAUAUCAUAAUUAUGAUUUACCAAAGCAUGAUUGUUUUUUUUUUAAUGCGUCAGAAAUGGGUUUCUGUAUAUGUCCACAACAGUUUUGUUUCGAAAGUCUGUCAGAGAUCGUCCUAAUGAACAACACGAGCGGAAAAACAAAGUUUCUGAACGAUUCGAGCGUCCGUCAGUGAGACGUUUCUUCCAUUCACAGAAGUUUUCUCUCAGGGAACAUGAGUCUAAAGUGCCUUUGUUAGUAUUGGAGUGUGAAUGUCUCUGAGCAUCGCUGUCACAAUCACAUCUCGUAUGUGUUUAUACUCUGUCUGAUCUGUGCUGUCUGUGAUUUUCUCUUUGAUUCCACCAAUGAAUGAAUGAACACAAGCCUCA